AUGGUAGCUGGUCACAAUCCUGUCACCACAUUCAUCACGAGCGUGUAUGCCCAUUCAGGGAUAGACUCUACCCUAUACAGAAAUCAGCUUACAACACCCAAGAGCAAUGCUUGGCCCAUAGGAGGUUCUCAGUGGAAUCAAAAGAAGAAGGCUGGCCUCAAACUUGCAGCAAUCUUUGGCCUCAGCCUUGCCAGAGCUGAGGGCCCAGGCAGAGCCACCAUGUCUGACUUGUCAAGUGCCAGGAACUGUGAGUCUGAAGGAAAGAGGAAAUUGCAGAGGAGGACUGGCCUCCUGGAGCCACAAGUCAGAGAGGGAGAGAGGCCCGUUGAGUUCCAGGGAGGACAAUGGGUGUGUGUAUGCCUGAGUCCAAGCAAAGCUAGUUCAGAAGGCCCUGGGGACAGGCCAAGGCCUGCGGAGGGGCGGGGGCGGGGCGGUCCCGGCUUGAGUCAGGCUGAGGGGCGGGACCCGGACCCCGGUCUCCACUGCCACUCCCGUACCCGCCGCUGUCAGCUGCAGUCGCCGUCGGUCUCGCUCCUCACCAGCUUGGCGAAAAUGUCCAAACCUACAGAGACUGAGCGGUGCAUCGAGUCCCUGAUUGCUGUUUUCCAAAAGUACAGUGGGAAGGAUGGGAACAGCUGCCAACUCUCCAAAACCGAGUUCCUCACCUUCAUGAACACGGAGCUGGCUGCCUUCACGAAGAACCAGAAGGACCCUGGUGUCCUGGACCGCAUGAUGAAGAAGCUGGAUCUCAACAGUGAUGGGCAACUAGAUUUCCAAGAGUUUCUCAACCUUAUUGGUGGCUUGGCUGUAGCAUGCCAUGAUUCCUUCCUCAUGAGUUCCCAGAAGCGUUUCUAACCUCCCCACUUCCCUUCCAGCCCCCAAGUCAUCACAUCCUCCCCCACCCACACCUGCACUGAGCCCACCACAUCCGACAUAACAUGCAGCCUGUUCCUGCUAGCAGAAAUAAAACAAUGUAAUUUUUUAAUGUA